AUGGACAUGUUCUAUCCCUUUCUGCGUGCAACUCAAGAGCUCUGUGCCCACUUCGAGAAAGCUCUAACUGAAAUCCUAGCCAUCAACCCUCCCAUGGCGCUCAUCUCUGAUGCAUUCCUAUAUUGGACUCUGCCUAUUGCUACAAAACUAGGUAUACCACGCAUUUCCUUCAUGGGCGUAGAUGCCUGCAGCACAUGGCUCUUCCGAGUCAUCGCUGCUCGUGGCGCACCCUUGCCUCAAGGCCCUGAGAUUCUGUCCCUUCCGAGCAUGCCACGAGGGAAGACGAUUAAGUAUGCCGACGUCCCAGAUGGUUUCCGGGGCCAGGACCCCGAAGACCCUGAUUGUGUCUUUAUCUUGGAGGUGGGCACGGCCACACCGCACAGCUUCGGGGAAAUUGUUAACUCUUUCGAUGAGCUUGAGCCUGAAUUUAUCAGCGUCUUGGAUGCAGGGAGGCCACGCUCCUGGUGCCUCGGACCCAUGUUUCUGUGGAAUGAUCCACCACCAGGGGAGAGCCCAGUGACUAAGGAUGCAUCGUGCUUGGAUUGGCUCAACACCAUGGAGAAGGGCUCUGUGCUAUACGUGGCCUUCGGGACCCAAGCUCGUUUAGGGGAGUCUCAAAUGAGAGAAGUAGGCUUAGCGCUGGAGGGCUCGGGGGCAAGCUUCUUGUGGGUAGUGAGGCGAGACAGGGUUCGAUGA